AUGAAAGUCCCUUGCCUGUGGCUGCUGUGCAUCUAUGCGGCUGUCACCGCUGCAUUGCCCUUUCAAAUCGUCCUGACUAGCGAUACUCCAAGCAUUCGCUUCAAAAACACCCCCCGGCCCCUAUCACAGCACGUCAGCCCACCUAACGAUGAUGCUCCUCGCCGGGAAAGUGAACAAUCAAAUCGACCAACCUUCCAACAGUACGUCAAACACAUCCGUACCAAAACACAGACAACAGAAACAGUCGACGCCGCCACCAAUUCGCCCUGGACCCAGGGCCAGAUUCUUUCCCCUUCAGAGCCCAAGGAGAACCCAGAAACCCGGUCCAGAAGCCGCUAUGGCGCAUUCCUCGGGCGAUUAGGCAAACUCCUCUCCAACAAGCAUGCAUGCGAUGAGGACCUCUCCGCCCUGGUCCAGGCCUCGCACUUGAAUUUCAAUCUCACGACUAGUACCAUCACCUACGCCCGGACGGUAGAUGUGCUGGAUGUCAUCGAUCGUCAUGGCCCGGAGUGCCUGGCCUUGUUCAUCUUCGUUCUCGUUCCUAUCGCCUACUUCAUGCUCGAGCUGUUAGAGCUCGUCCUCAAGUACUGGGUGCGCGAACGAUAUCCUCAUCGCGGCCGGGACCGGGUGCGCUUGCUUGGGCACGAGCGGCAGCUACGAGCCUGGAACAAUCGGCAACGCGAGUGGACGUUGGAGGGCGAGAAGCACUGGUGGCACUUGCGUCGAGCUCGUAAUUAA